AUGGCGGACACAGCCGUCGUUGACCCUCCACAUGCCACAGAGCCAACACCUCUACCAACAGAAUCCACCGAGCCCAGCAGCCUCACUCCCAGCGACGAAAAUGCUCUCACCCAACCCUCAGAAACCGCCGUCGCGGCCACCACAGACGCCGAUGGCACACAAAAAAAGACAAAGAAGAUAAUCAGGCGAAAACGACGACCCGCCCGGCCACAGGUCGACCCUGCAACCCUGAAAUCCGAGCCGCCCCCGCAGACAGGCACUGUCUUCAACAUCUGGUACAACAAGUGGUCCGGCGGCGACCGCGAGGACAAGUAUCUCUCGAAGCAUGCCGCGCCGUCCCGCUGCAACAUCGCCAAGGACAGCGGGUACACACGCGCAGACAAGGUCCCAGGCUCAUACUUCUGCCUGUUCUUCGCGCGCGGCGUCUGCCCCAAAGGCCACGAGUGCGAGUACCUCCACCGCCUGCCAACCCUGCACGACCUCUUCAACCCCAACGUGGACUGUUUCGGCCGGGACAAGUUCAGCGACUACCGCGACGACAUGGGCGGUGUGGGCUCGUUCACGCGCCAGAACCGCACGCUGUAUGUUGGGCGGAUCCAUGUGACGGAUGAUAUCGAGGAGGUGGUGUCGCGCCAUUUCGCGGAAUGGGGCCAGAUCGACCGCAUCCGGGUGCUGACCUCGCGCGGGGUGGCGUUCGUCACGUAUACGAAUGAAGCGAAUGCGCAGUUCGCCAAGGAGGCCAUGGCGCACCAGAGUCUGGAUCAUAAUGAGAUUCUGAAUGUGCGCUGGGCGACGGUUGAUCCGAACCCGUUGGCGCAGAAGCGGGAGGCGAGGCGCUUGGAGGAGCAGGCGGCCGAGGCGGUACGGAGGGCGCUGCCCGCUGAGUUUGUUGCGGAGCUGGAGGGUCGGGAUCCGGAGGCACGGAAGAAGAAGAAGAUCGAGGGCAGCUUUGGGCUGGAAGGGUAUGAGGCUCCGGAUGAUGUGUGGUAUGCUCGGACGAAGGAGUUGGAGGAUGCAGGCAGGGCCGGCCAGCUCGAGGCUCCAGAGCAGCACUUGAUGAUCGAAGCGGCAUCCUCGUCUUCUUCCGCAGCUCUUCCGUCACAAUCGGAAAACAGUGGUAUCUUUUCAAGCUCAACUGUGGCAGCACUAAGGGGAUUGGCCGGCGGCAAUGUGACGACGCAAAAAGCCCCGGCGAAUUCUGGCGGUCCUCUUGUGGCUUACGGAAGUGAUGAUGAUAGUGAUUGA